AUGGCACUGUGCAUCGGUAAAACUUUCCAUUUUGUGUAUUUGAGUGGUUGUUGCCAAAAUGAAGACAGUUCAGAAGUGCGUAAUUCCUGGCUGCGAAAAUCGUUCCGGUGUAGCCGGCUACAAAGUAAAUUUUUUUCCGUUCCAUCUACCAUCUACUUGAAAGCUACCGCAGUUCCGUCCAAGAAGAUUAGUCGGAUAAUAAAGCUUCCACGAAGGGAUUUAAAGAAGCUAAAUUUGCCAAUCCACUUAGAAGAUCAUAAUUAUAGUGAGUAUGCCUGCCCACCGCGGAGUAACCGGAUAUGUUACGUCGAAGGAUGUCGAUCGAAAACGGAAGGGGACAUAAAACUACAUAAGUUUCCUGGUCGAAAAGAUGUUAGAUUCAAGGAGUGGAUACGAGUUUUAAAGUGUUCUAAACUACCUACGGCGAACUCUAAAGUGUGCAGUUUACACUUCUCGAAAUCUAAUUAUUUUCCCGGUGGAUCACGUUUAAAACGAGACGCCAUUCCAUCGUUGAAUUUCUCAAAUACAACUACCGGCUCGGACUCAACAAGUUCUUCUGAAGUUAGCCUCACGCACGGUUCUACCUAUUGCCACGAAGAGGACCAAGCGAAGAAAAAUACUUCAAGUGACCGGAUUUCGGAGAACCAAUCCACGCAUGUGCCGGUUUUCGUGGUGGAUUCGUGUGAGGAUCAUAACGAUGGUGAAAUCGGUGGAAAUAGAUCAAAUGAUUUUGCGGUUGGCCAGAGCUUUCAAGAAAGUCAAAUUUUAAACGAUACCCUACUGCUUGACACAUCUCAGCUUUCGAUAAAUACACCGAUUGCGGAGAGCACCGCUAAAAAACCACCUGCGGAAAAAGAUAGUUUGCAGAAUUCAGUUAAGGCAACGGUGGACGAUUGGAAGCUAGGCUGUUCAUGUAAAGCUGGGACGGCGAAGUGUAAGCACAUUAUUGCUUGCCUUCUUUACAUUUAAUUGCAUAUUAUUCGGCAACUCGGCCGUACGAAAACCAUUUUUUUGUUAAAUAUCUUGGCUGUGCAUAUGCACAGCAUAUGUUUCGAGUUGCCGAAUAAUAUGCAAUUAAUUGUAAUCAAGUGUCGGUCUUUCACCGUCAUUAGUCGUCUGAGUACACGCGACCGCUUACGUUAAAGGCAAUCAAACUCAUCAAAUGCUUUAGCCAAGCAAGCCUUUGGCACAGCAGAGUGCGAUUGAAUUCGCAUUCUAUACCGUCCCGCCCAGACAGUUACUGGGGGGCAUGGAGUGCGAUCCUCUCGUUUAAUAAACAAUGUGCACUCGCUUGGCUGUGGAUAUACAAUAGUAAAGCGCAUGUGGAGAUUGGACAAAUCAAGCAUCCGAAAGAUAUUCAAUUUGCAAAAAAGAGAGCUAACCGCGGUGGAGGUUGGUACUCGGAUUCUGAUGGCUUUUCCGCAAACGUGACCUUUAAGUCACAGACAAACAGACGUAACAGCUAGAACAAUUUGUUUUGAAAUCCAUCGCCCAGCUAUUUUAUCACCACCUAACGUGCAUGUUGUACGAAACAAAGUUUAGUACAAGGGGUGUCUCACUGGUAAUGAUCGCAGCGAAUUUCAAUCGAAAUAAAGUCGAUUUGAAGCGAAUGGAUUCAUAGGUACUGUUUGAUCAAUAUUGCAACACACCUUCUUCGACACUCAACUGUAAUUGUUUGUCUAAGCAAGCGUGGAUUUCGCUUGUUACCAAUGACAUCAAUGAGGUUGUUUAUUUUUCCAACAACAAAGUUGGGGCAUAACUUACGAGUUGAAAAUUAUUGUUUAUAUCAUUAAUAAUGAAUUUUCUUAUUUCAGAAUGACUAGGACAAGAUGGCAAGAAGAUAUUUGGACUGGUGCUUGUACAGCUUUGGAUAUAUACGUAUGGCGUAUGAAUUUACUAAAGUGUUUUGCGAUAGCUGAUUUCAGAUUAUUCUACUAACUGAAACCAAAAAAAUAGAAUAAAUCUGUCCAUUGAAUUUUGUCCUGAAUUUUGGGACAAUUUGAAAAAUAUUCCAUCUCCUUUUGUGAAGUGCAAGAGUCUGUCGUUCCCCAACAGCUUCGUGCAAAGUUUGAUGGUUUGAAGGCAGUGCUUAGAGCUAAUACUGACGAGAACUAGACACCGUUGACCUCAUUCACGAUGCUUUCCUAUACGCAUGUUUCAAGGCCCAAUGUUAGAAAAUUAAACAGCUAACAAAAAUCAAAACCAGCGAUUUUAGUUUAAUUUUAAGCGGUUUAAUUAUCUGGAACUAUCACUUCUUCGGAAUGCACAGAUGAAUUGUCAGUAACACCUCCCUUUUGAAUAAAUCCCCCCAACAAGACACAAAUUCCAAACAUUCUUUUUUCCACAGGCUUCAGUUUUGUAAGCUCCCAAUAUGCGCGAUGACGAGGACGUGCAAAUAACCUUUUCCUUGCACGCUGUAAUUAAUAUACGUUUCCUUCGAACCAGGAACAAAUAAUUUAUUUGUUCCUGCUUCGAACUUUUUACGUGUAAAUAUUUUCUCUUCAUGAAAUAUGUUUACUAUUUACCACUGUCAUCGUGCGAUUUGACAGAUGGUUACGUUGACAUUCGUUACGUUGCAAGAAUCAGCAACUACAUUUUCCAUAGUUUUGAUUUAAAUCGAAACAAAGUCGCUUCGGUUGCUUGGUUAAUUUUUAGCAGAUAAAUUCAAUUUAUUCUAUGUGAGACACCCCUUGGUUUAGUACGACAAUGUCAACAGAAGGCGCUAGUGUGAGAUGUCAAAUACAAAGGUAUACGAUGCGCGCGCCCCUGGAUGUGAAACUCGCAAGCAGUUGAAUUUAAAACGACCGUUGAUCUCAUGGUCGAUGGGAAUUUCCUCAGUGUUACGUCUGUUUGUCUGUGUUUAAGUGGUCUUGUUGUGUAGGGGUUAUCACGCCUAUCUAGAGCAAGAUGAAUACACAGCUAGGUGUUGCAAUCUGUCAAGUUUAUGGACGAGAAGAAGGCGGGGGUGAAAAAUUCAUUUUCGGUGCAAAACAUAAACAAACCGGCUGGCUCUCCCAUACUAAAAUCCAAGAUGGCUGAAUCGUGAAUUUGGCAGAUUGGAACACCUAGUGGUGUAUUCAUCUUGAUCUAGAGAGUAGGAGGUUGAGGGUUCGAGUCCCUCCAAGACACGUGGAUUCUUUUUCGCAAAUUUCAUAUCAAUUUGUCCAUUUCGAAACAUAUGCUGUGCAUAUGCACAGCCAAGAUAUUUAACAAAAAAAUGGUUUUCGUACGGCCGAGUUGCCGAAUAAUAUGCAAUUAAAUGUAAAGAAGGCAAGCAAUAAUGUGCUUACACUUCGCCGUCCCAGCUUUACAUGAACAGCCUAGCUUCCAAUCGUCCACCGAUGAUCCCAAGUUGAGAUUAACUUGGUGCGGAGAAUGACCCGGAUGAGAACUUUGUGUAACGUAUGCUGUGAUAUGGACAUUACUCGAAUUGAAUGUUCGAUAUCCAAGACAAACUAUAUGGUUUGCAUUGAAAACCGCAAAUCCUUCCUUGAUUGGCCGUACAGAGUCACCAACGUAAUCAAGAAUGUCGACGAUAGUAACUUCGACAUCCCGAUCUUCGGUACCUGAAAUUUGAACAAAAUAUACUAACCUCAAAUUGCACUAAAUGAAACCGGAUCUCAAUUAUUGCAUACAAUAACACGAAUAUUUGAAUCUCAAAUACGCAUAUGACAAAGAAAACUAUAAUUUCUACCUUUUGAACUGGUUUCCAUUUGCUGCAUCCUGGAUUUAUCAAACGAAAAAGGAUUAUUUCACUCAGCACCGUAUCGCUGCAAUCUAUGGAAAUUAAACUUCUAAUCACUUCGUCAAUUACACAACUGAAAUGUAGAUGUCGCCACCAUAGGUUUAUGUAUUGCAUUUGAAUGCCAAUUGUGCUGAUAAAUAUGAUUAAAAUUUACCGUGUUUUACUUUUUAGCGCUAGUGUUCACUCCGAAUUGCUCCUAGGCUCACUCCUA